GCCCAGCCAAGGGGGUCCCCGGAGCCGGCCGCGAUGGACGCCGUCUUGGAGCCCUUCCCGGCCGACAGACUGUUCCCCGGAUCCAGCUUCCUGGACUUGGGGGACCUGAACGAGUCGGAUUUCCUCAACAAUGCGCACUUCCCUGAGCACCUGGACCACUUCGCGGAGAACAUGGAGGACUUCUCCAACGACCUGUUCAGCAGUUUCUUUGAUGACCCCGUGCUGGAUGAGAAGAGCCCUCUGCUGGACAUGGAACUGGACUCCCCCACGCCAGGCAUCCAGGCCGAGCACAGCUACUCCCUGAGUGGGGACUCUGCGCCCCAGAGCCCCCUCGUACCCAUCAAGAUGGAAGACACCACCCAAGAUGUGGAACAUGGAGCCUGGGUGCUGGGACACAAAUUGUGCUCCGUCAUGGUGAAGCAGGAGCAGAGCCUGGAGCUGCCUGUGGACCCUCUGGCCGCCUCCUCAGCCAUGGCUGCCGCUGCCGCCAUGGCCACCACCCCGCUGCUGGGCCUCAGCCCCCUGUCCAGGCUGCCUGUCCCCCACCAGGCUCCAGGAGAGAUGACUCAGCUGCCCAUGAUCAAAGCAGAGCCCCAGGAGAUGAACCAGUUCCUCAAAGUGACACCAGACGACCUGGUGCAGAUGCCUCCGACGCCCCCCAGCAGCCAUGGAAGUGACAGUGACGGCUCUCAGAGUCCCCGCUCUCUGCCCCCUUCCAGCCCUGUCCGGCCCAUGGCCCGCUCCUCCACUGCCAUCUCCACCUCUCCCCUCCUCACAGCCCCACAUAAAUUACAGGGGACUUCGGGGCCACUGCUGCUGACGGAGGAGGAGAAGCGCACCCUGAUUGCUGAGGGCUACCCCAUCCCCACGAAACUGCCCCUCACCAAAGCCGAGGAGAAGGCCUUGAAGAGGGUCCGUAGGAAAAUCAAGAACAAGAUCUCGGCCCAGGAGAGCCGCCGGAAGAAGAAGGAAUACGUGGAGUGUCUAGAAAAGAAGGUGGAGACAUUUACAUCAGAAAACAACGAACUCUGGAAAAAGGUGGAGACCCUGGAGAAUGCCAACAGGACCCUGCUUCAGCAGCUGCAGAAACUCCAGACUCUGGUCACCAACAAGAUCUCCAGACCGUACAAGAUGGCUGCCACCCAGACCGGGACCUGCCUGAUGGUGGCAGCCUUGUGCUUUGUUCUGGUGCUGGGCUCCCUCAUGCCCUGCCUCCCUGAGUUCUCCUCCGGCUCCCAGACUGUGAAGGAAGACCCCAUGGCCACUGACAGCGGCUACACAGCCAGUCAGAUGCCCUCCCGAAGCCUCCUGUUCUACGAUGAGGGGGCAGGCUCUUGGGAGGAUGGCCGCAGUGCCCUGCUGCCUGUGGAGCCCCCGGAUGGCUGGGAAAUCAAGCCCGGGGGGCCAGCAGAGCAGAGACCCCAGGACCACCUACAGCACGACCACCUGGACAGCACCCACGAGACCACAAAGUACCUGAGCGAAGCCUGGCCCAAAGACAUCAGUGGAAACGGCACCAGCCCCGACUUCUCCCACCCCAAGGAGUGGUUCCAUGAGAGGGAUCUGGGCCCAAACACCACCAUCAAGCUCUCCUAGGCCAUGCCAAGACCCAGGACACAGGAUGUACCCCCUGGCACCCCUGAAGAGGUUGUCUUGCUCACUGACCCGGAUCCGGCUUGUACCCCUGCCCCCUGGGGUACUAUCCCAGGAGAAAGGGUUCCAUUUCUCCCCAGCCCUUUUCUGCCCCAGAUCUUGACUGGGGCCUCUCCUCUCCCCCCACAUUUGGACUGUUCCCUUGGGCCAACCACUCCGCUCUCACCCUCCCUCCACAACCUUCGGUCCUUCUCAGAUAAACCACUCACUGGGCUACCCCCUCCUUUCUCAUAUUGACCAACAGGACCACUGCCCUCCCUGCCCCCUGCCCCCACACACACAAACACACACGUCAACAUGCCCAUACACACAUACACACCCUUCACCCCCCACUGUACAGAGACCAAGAACAGAAAUUGUUUGUAAAUAAUGAACCUUAUUUUUUAUUAUUGCCAGUCCCCUAAGAUAUUGUAUUUUACAAAUCUCCCUCCUACUUUCACCCCUCCCUUGUUUUAUAUUUUAUGAAAUUAGUGCGGGCUUUGCUGUUCCCUGGCCAGGGAAAGAGGGUUUCCCCCCCUCCUUGGCCUCCCCCUGCCGCUGCCCAAGCCGCUGGGCCUUUUUAAUUGCCAGAUUGCUUCAUCCAUCCGCUCAGCAUAUGCUUUAAGAAAGCAAAAUUAAAAAAAAAAAAAAAGAUGCAGCAUCAA